GCGAUUCUGCUCUAGGAAUAAUGUUCUUUUCAGAAACAAAAAUGAAAUCGCUUUCUAUAUUAGUUUUCUUUUUAAAACUAAUAUAGAAAGCGAAGUUUCAGACCGACUACGGAGAGUCGGACCAUCGUGGUGAUGAUGCGUUUAUUUCGGGUCGCCACUUCGGUACUACUGCACCAGAAAAUCCAGCUGCGGCCCUGACGGUGGAAGUUGGCCGUCGCCGAUGCCCCUGCUUCUGCUGCUGCUGGAACCCACGCUUUUGUUUAUCCGAGCACAACCUUAUACUACAUUGUAGUUUCAAACUCAUACGGGUGGAAUUCGCUCCGAUCAACGCCGCAGGCAUGGAGGACAUGGGCGAUCUUCCUGUCAAUUUUCACGGCAACCUUGUGAGCGCAACCACAGAUAAGGAGCUCAGCACUCUCAUAUCGCAAGCAAAAUCUACAAAACGUCCUGUGGUGGUCAAUUAUGGAGCUUCCUGGUGUCACGCUUGUCGACAGAUGCUACCCACGUUUUGCAAUUUGAGCAAUGAGUAUCCGAAAUCACUUUUUAUCUAUGCCGACAUAGACAAGUGUGAGCAGGAAACUCAAGACGUUCGUUACACGCCAACCUUCCGCUUCUACAGAAAUGGAGAGAAAGUCGACGAGUUCUACGGUGCAGGGCCUCAAAGACUUCGUGACCGCCUUUGGUUGCAGUCAUGAAGAGGAUCGCUCCAAGGCUCUGACGGCGUGUAAACCUUCUGUGUAUCUCAUCCCCUUGUAUGUACAGAACUACACGGCGGUGCCGAAUGCAGAAGGGCAGAUAUGUCCACAAGUUUGGCUACUGCCGCGUGUUUUAUGGGGAAUCGGCCCAGCCUCUUCCAAGUCCAACGAGGUCCCAUGCCCCAGCGAGGUGCAGAAGUUGAUCAGUCUCUUUUGAUGUGCAAAACUAGAUUCAAUUUAAUCUUGUGUCUGCCGUAUAAUUGCUACAUCUACAUCAAGGUCUCGAUGAACUGUUCUUUAGUUCGGUUGGUAGAGGAAAUAUCCGUGUGGAGAACACGCAGAUGGAUGGGUUUUUACGAGGUUCUUCUGCCCAUUACCUACCACCUUGUGACAUGUCUCCUCCAACGUAUUAACGAAAGAAUGAAACUUGCCUACGGCAAUCGUGCAUCGAAGCUAAGACCACAAGAACAAGGCUGAUUGUAGCUUGUUACAGAAACACGCCCUGAAAUAUGUCACCAACCUUUUGGCCUGAUGUCUGAGACCUCGAGUAACAAAAUGGGUCAAUGUUUGGGGCAGCAGAGUGGAGCUGUGCAGAUGAUUUGUGUGGACCUUUAACAUAUGUGAUUAAUGUGAAAGACCAAACCACGGCCAAGCAUAUGCGCCCUC